AUGGCUCACAUCGUUGUGGAAGCAGCAACUGUUUCCAAGAGUGUGAUUUCCUUCAGUCCUCUGUGGACACUCGUCUUCCAAGGAGAGAGAGUGAUUCUGACCUGCAAUGGAUUUGACUUCCGCUCAUCAGGAAAAACGAACUGGUACGAUGAGAAAGCUACGAGACUAUACACAGGCGACAGCUUUAAGCCUUCGGUUUCUGGAUGCUACAGAUGUCAGUUCCAGGACUUAGCCCUAAGUAACCCUGUGUGUUUGACAUUUACAUCAGCAACACUCAUCCUUCAGGGUCCAGUCUCUGUGUUUCAAGGAGACGCCGUGGUUCUGAGAUGUAGGACAAAGGACGAUAUAAAAGUGGAAUAUUCUAUCAUUUACAACAAUAAUAAAGUAGUUAGCAAUGGCUCAACAUUCACUAUCCCUCAAGCAAGCAGGGAGAAUAACGGUGAUUAUACUUGUAAAGGAGUAAAGGAGCCUACGAAGAGCUUUUCUUCAAACACAGUACACAUCAAUGUGGAAGGUUUUCCAACUCCUGUGCUGACAGUCAGACCCUCCAAACCCGUGGAAGGGAGCCUGGUGACCCUGACCUGUGAGAUACAACUCUUUUCACCAAGGGCAGACAUCCAGCUCCAGUUCCGAUUCUUCAAAAAUAAGCAAGACCUGGGCUCAGGCUGGAGCCCUUUCCCAGAGUUCAAGAUCCCCGCCGUAUAUCAGACCCCAAACUAUUACUCCUGCAAAGCAAAGUCAGUGACUUCUAAGACAUGGCACGAGAGCAAUAAAGUCCAGAUUCCUGUACGGAUCCCUGUGUCGCAGCCUGUCCUCACUCUCACGCCUACGGGCUCCAUGGCUCUUGAGGGGGGCAAGGUGACAUUUUCCUGUAAAGCUCACAGAGGCUCUUUCCCCAUCAUGUACCGGAUUUAUCGUGAUGAUGAGCUACUGAAGGAAGCAAAAGUCUCUACUUGGAAGACACUAUCUUUGAGCCUCAUUGUAACUGCAAAGCAUUCUGGGAACUACCGCUGCUCAGCUCACAAUGACGCGGGGUCCCAGCACAGUCAAGCAGUCACCCUGCGCAUCAGAGUCCCUUUGUCUCAACCUGUCCUUACCCUCACACCUCCUGUGGCCCAGGCUUUUGAGGGGGACAUGGUGACAUUUCGCUGUGAAUCCUCCAAAGGCUCUCCCCCUAUCUUAUAUAAGCUUUGGCACAAUGAGGCCGUCCUUGGGAGCCAGUCUAACCCCAACGGAGGAAGCGCAUCCUUCAGCUUUGCUGUCAUCACCAAGUAUUCCGGAGAUUACUACUGCACCGCGCAAACUGCCUGGGAGCAGCAGUACAGUGAAAGGACGAGUGUCGUCAUCAAGGUUCCAGUGUCUCUCCCAGUCCUCACCCUGAAGACUCCCAGGCCCCAAACUGUGGUUGGGGACAUGAUAGAGCUUCACUGUGAGGCCCAGAGAGGCUCGCCCCCAAUUCUGUAUCAGUUUUAUCAAGAGGAAGUCACCCUAUGGACCAGCUCCGUGCAUUUCAGAGGAGCAUCCAUCAGCCUUUCUCUGACUGAAGAGCAUUCUGGGAACUACCACUGCACGGCUGACAACGGCCAGGGACCCAAGCACAGUUCCCCAAUCUUACUCAACGUCACUGUUGCAGUGUCUCGUCCUGUCCUUACUCUCAGGACUCCCAGGGCCCGUGCUGUGGUAGGAGAUGUCAUGGAACUUCACUGUGAGGCUCAGAAAGGCUCUUCCCCAAUCUUGUAUCAGUUUUACCAUGAAGAUGGCUUCCUGGGUGACAAGUUAGCCCUUUCUGGAAGAGGAGCAUCCUUCAACCUCUCUCUGACAGAAGAACAUUCUGGAAAUUACUCCUGCGAGGCCAGCAAUAGCCUGGGGUCCCAGCUCAGUCAGGUGGUUACAGUCGAUGUCAAAGUUCCAGUGUCUUGCCCGGUCCUCACCCUCAAGACUCCAGGGACUCAGGCUGUGGUGGGGGACGUGGCAGAGUUUCACUGCCAGGCCUGGACAGGCUCUCCCCCAAUCCUGUACCGGUUCUAUCAUGAGGAUGGCAUGCUGGGAAACAGCUCCGUCUCCUUUCGAGGAGGAGUGUUCUUUAACCUCUCUCUGAAUAUGGAACAUUCUGGAAACUACUCCUGUGAGGCUGACAAUGGCCUGGGGCCUCGGCGGAGUGAGGUAGUGACAGUCUUCAUCAAAGGUCUGAAAGAAGGCAGAAGUGGCCAUGUUUUCACAGGGAUCACCGGGGGGCUGCUCAGCAUGAUGGGCCUGGCUGCUGUGGCAUUGCUGUUAUAUUACUUGCUCCUGAAAAAAACAGGAGGAAAACCUGCCUCCGACUCUGUCAGGUAA